AUGCAACGAUUUCAUGGAAAUCUUCUGAAGAAUCGCGUGGGUACGUCUACGGACGCACGUGGCAAGUCCAUGAUCGUCGCGCUGUCUGGCGGCGUUGACUCUGCUGUAAGUGCUUGGCUCUUGCAGCAAGCGGGCUAUCGCGUGAAAGGCGUGUUUAUGCGUUCAUGGGGAACCGGAGACGACGCCGAGGACUGCACCUAUCGAGAUGAUCGGCUCGCCGCUCGACGAGUCGCGGAUUUCCUGCGACUGGAUGAAUUUCAGGAGAUCGAUUUACGCGCGGAGUACUGGCAUUCAGUCUUCGUACCGCAUCUGUUAGAGGCGUAUCGUCGAGGGCUGACUCCUAAUCCCGAUUUGGCCUGCAAUCGGUAUAUAAAGUUCGGAGCGCUACUCGAUGUUGUCGCCAAACGGGCGGACAUACUCGCCACUGGACACUAUGCCCGCUGCACUGGAGGUCAAUUAUACCGUGCCUUGGAUCGUGCCAAGGAUCAGACGUACUUUCUCGCAAGUAUUGAUCCGAGUGCUCUUCGGAAAUUGCACUUUCCUCUCGGGGACUGGCAGAAACACGAGGUACGGGCGCUUGCUCGUCACCUACGGCUGCCGAAUGCAACGCGAGCCUCAAGUCGAGGUAUUUGCUUCAUUGGUCGCCACAAAUCUAUAGCAUCUAUUUUGGACGAAUUUGCUCCGCCUGGUGACUUCUGGCCGGCCGUCGAUAUCGAUACAGGCCGAACACUGGGCCGUGUAUCCUCUUAUCGAACGAUCGGUCAGCGUGCGGGUAUCGGUGGUCUCCCGCAGGCCUUUUAUGUUUGCGACAAAGACCCAGCGCGGGGCAUCAUCUCGGUCUGCGCCGGACGCUCUCAUCCAGCUCUAUCCUGUUGGGGCUACGAAGUGGAAGCCUUCGAUUUAUGGAACGCGUGGAUGGAACACCAGCAUCUGAAAGAAUCAGCUGGCUGGCUACAUCGAAGUUUCUCGUUUCAAGCGUGGUAUCGUCAGACUCCGCUUUCCUGCCUUAUUCGACGCCUCGAAGCAGAUUCUUUGGCAACUAGCAAUGAUCGAGCACAACCGCGGGUGCGCGUCGCUGCGAUGCCGCCACAGCGGCUGCUCGUUCUGGUUCCAGGUCGCAGUGCAAGCGCGCCCGUCACUGCUCCAGGUCAAGCGGUUGUAAUCUACGACGAGGACCAGUGCGUAGGUGGAGGUUUUGUGCGGCGUCUGAUUCGCAAUGCAGCCGAGAUUCCACACUGGACCGUGGCGAAAGAACUUUUCUCCACAGUACCCGCAUGCAAAUUUUCAGCGAACACCGAUGCACGCUCUUGGGCGAGUUCAGAGCGCUAG